AAAAUCUUUCCAGUACGUCUAAUUUUGUCGUCACGUAAAGAAAUCUAACUUUCACGCGAACUACAAAUAUCAAAUUAAAGGAACGGAAUGAUUUGGAAGAACACCAUCACCUUACGUUCCUCCACCAAGCUACACAAAUAAAUUGGCAUUUAAUUAUAAAAAAUUACAUCACUGAUGAUACUUGAUCCCAAAUUCACCAUUAUACGAGACAUCAUGGGGUCAUUUGUGACAUUAAAUCUGCAGUCUCUUGUAAGCUUGUUGGAAACAUGUCACAAUUGUUCUACAGGUAAUGCAGCUCAAGUAAUCACUGGUGAUACAUUGUCAGUGAGACUGGGAAGUGAAGUGGGGCGACCAUUUACUUUCUUAUGCUGUGGAACAAUUAUCAGUUCAGGAGGUGCUAUAUUCUGGCAUUCUGAAGAAAUAACACCUGAUGCCAUUACUAGCAGUAAUGAAGUUAUUCAGCAGCCAUUAAAAGUAAUGGAUGGUAAUACAGAAGAGAAAAGAGGUGUGGAGGAAUUUGAGGAUCUUAUCAUUAAAUGUGAAGAUGACAGUGGAAAAAAAUUUGAAAGUGAAGAAAUUAAUCUUCAUAACAUUUUGGUAGAAGAAGAUCCUCUUUUAGUGGAUGAUUUAGCGAUAGAGAAAACAAACGUGGACGAAUGCUGCACAUCAGAAAAUAAUGAAAAAAUAAUAGUUGUAAGCCCAGAGAACACAAUAGCAAGGACAAAUUUAGUAGGAAUACUGACUCAUCAAGAUUCUUUAGGUUCUCUUGAAUGUCCUUGUGAAAGUAAAGCUACUGGGCUCACAAAGAGAACAAAGUAUCCAGAAGUUUUUACCUGUGAAUAUUGUGGAAAAGUUUUCACGGGAAAAGAAAGAGCUUACCAAUUCUAUUAUCAUAGAAACCGUGAACACACACAUGAGAUGGUCUACAGGUGUGAUAUUUGCUCGAAGGAAUUUUGGGGAGAUAGGGAACUCCUGUCACAUAUGAGUGGGCAUAGGGAUCAGGGUCACAUUUGCCAUAUUUGUGGACAAAAAUUUAAUGCCAAGAAAAAUUUAAAAACUCACCUCUUGACACACUUGUCCAUACGUGAAUAUAUUUGUCGUUACUGCGAUAAAUCUUUUAGAAGAAAGGACCAUCUUACAGUUCACGAGAGAAUUCACACAGGGGUAAGGCCAUAUCAGUGCAAGUGGUGUGACUCAGGAUAUCCCCAAAAGCACCAGCUCAAGCUACAUAUUCGUAAGUGUCCUAUUCUAAAACGCCAGGAAGCUAAACCAUACACAUUAAAAAAUCAUUAAAAUAAUUUUAUAUCACUAUUAUUUAAUGCCACUUUUACAAAAUAUAAAUAAAAGUAAUUUAAAUUAAAGUGUCCUGAAUAAGUAUGCAGCGGGUCGUGUUGUUUUGUUGUCAGGGUAGAAGAAAGGUGAUUGAUAUUGAAAGGUAUACAAGACAAGGUGAUUUGUAUACACUUGUAUACAUGUUGUCAACUGCUUUUCCAAUGUCAACAUUCCUUUAUCAUUGUGGUUGACUUCCAGUGCCUUCAUGGCCCUGGACUUCAAGAGUAUUUAACCCUGUGCAUACUGUGGUAGUCAAAAUUCAACAUUGGCUAUUUCUACCCACUAGCAGAUUUAUGACAGUUGAGUUUUAAUAGGUUCCCAGCCAUAUUGGUAUUACUUGAAAUGAGUGCACAGACACUGCCGCUUAGGAGGCUGUCCACACUUGCCCUAUUUUCAAAAAAGGCAUUCCUUAUUCAGACUUCUACCCAGUCAUUCAUUCCUCAAUCUGAGACCACUGGCGGGGUUGCUGGUCUGAGGUUACAGGUGCAAUCUCAAAAGUAACAUUUUUCCCUUAGCCUCCCUCUACCACCAUAAUAGACACUAGGAAAUGGCUUUGGCUAGGUUACAUAUUGGCCAUAUACGCUUAACUCCUGGAUAUUUUAUGGCAUGCAGCCCUUCUCCUUACUGUCCAAACUGCAUUGUCCCACUUUCAGUUGUGCACCUCCUUGUGGAAUGUCCAGAUUUUCUGGAUGAUUGUAUGUCUUGCUUUCCUACUGUCCCUCAACAAAAUCUUUGGUGAAUCUGAUACCUAUGAUAUCACUCAUCUUGUGUUUUUGUCUUUAUUAUUAGCAUUCUCAAUGAUAUUUAGUGCACUUUGAAUAUCCAGUGACACUGAUGGUACUAUAAUCUACCCGGCUUUGUGCCUUAUUUUGACACUUUCCCUGUUCGCCUGCUUCAAAUUUCUGGUGCUGCCUUGGCUGGGACUGGUCUAGAUAUCAGAAUGCCCAUUAUCAAAGUAUUCAAGUUAAGCCAACCACUUUAACUCAAAUUCGAGUUUCUCAUUUGUUACAUCCCUUUAAUCCGAAUUCCUAUUCUGAUUAAAAGAUGAAAAUUGGUCAAAAACUGAAAUGUGAAUUGAUUUGGAUUACAUGAAGAUUUAGGUUACCAGACUCUGAAUUACAGGCCUCUUACACGCAGUACAGUACUUGUUUUGACUGAAUCAUGACACCAAGCUAAUGAGAUGCUGCUGCAACACACUUAAAGCUCCAUCAGCUAAUAAUAAUAAAAGGAUUAUUAAAAAAUUAAUUAUUUUCUAUUUGCUUUAUACUAUGAAAAACAUGAUGUAGCUUCACAAUCAUUAUUAUAAGGCAUGACAAAGAGCUCAGCACAUAAAUAAUACAACUGUAAUACAAAGGAAGAAGCAAGGCAAAGCUCUUUAUAAACUUAAAAAAAAAAGUCAUACUAUUUACAGCUGUGCCUUUUCUUGUUCAUUGACAAGUAAAGAGAAUAAACUGUAAAAUAAAAAAUUUUGAGCACCUUUCAAAAUUAUAAAGUACUGUAUGAAGAUACAUGUUAUAAAUUACAUUGUGGAAAAUCUACAUAUGACAAAAGACACUUCUUAAUGCCCUUUCUCUAAAGGCAAAUGGAUUUUUCUAAGGCAACACAUCAAAAAUGUAUGAUUACAAGUUGAAUAUUUCUACAUAAAAAAUAAAGAAUGUUACAAGCAUAGUAAAUAUUAGCUGCUGUAUAUAAAAAAAAAAAUGGGCAGGAAUGGGGAAAAGGUUAUAACAUGACGAUGAUAAUAAAUAUUCCUCGUAUGUACACCACAGUAUGAUUUUACUAUGUCAUGCUGCAUAAUUUUUUUUUACAGUGAAAAUCUACGAACUCUUGACAUGAGAACUGGGUUUUUGAUCUAAAUUUUCCAUUAAAAACUACCUUUUAAAACAGUAUAGCUUAUUAACCAACAUAAAUAUCAUUAUAAUUGUUAAGGCAAUAACAGAUGGAACAUUCACUGUGUUGUAAUGCAUCAACUACCAUAAAACAAUGAAUCAGACUACAUACAAUUGUUUCCAAUACCUUUUGCUACUAUUUCCUUUACCAAUACCUAAAAAAAAGAAAACCACCAUGAAACAUUUAUUUGUGUGGUACAUGCAAAUAUGUAAAUUCUGUUAUGAUAACAUUCAUAUUAAUGCCUGUCUUAAGGACAUUAUGCAAAAAACUGUUUACUAAAACUCAUUGAACACACCUAAAGUAUAUUAUUUGUUAACAAAUGGUAAACAAAAUUACAGAAAUAUUGCUCACCAUAACAAAAACCUGCUCGUUAACAUAAUUUUUUUUUAUGAUUUGUGUAAGUAGGGUUUAAAGAAAACUCAUGCAAAUCUCAUAAACUGAAAAUUAUUUUCUUUAAAUUUCAAAAUAUAAUUCAAGGAUUUUAUGACAGGAUAGCAAUGUAGAAAUUGUUACACAAGACAAGAGUGAGAAGUUGGGUGCUUAUGUAGAUCAUCAUGGUUGUGCAGAUACAAAUUUUUACCAGAUAAAUAGUAACUGAAUGUGCUGGAAAAUUGUGUAGAGAACUUUUACAUUUGAUAGAAGUAAAAAGUAAGAAUAAUGGAUUGUGGAAUGUGUACAAGAUAUACAUGGGUGGGAAAUGGAAGUCAAAUGUGGAGAAAGGUUCAUAAAGAAAACUGAGGACAUCUAGAAAGCACCAUAGUAACAAAGAAGCUGGGAUAAAAAUUGUAAACAUCAUUUCUAUGUUCAUUUAUAGUUUGUCUUAUAUUGUAAAGGAAGUGAUCAGUCACAGAGGUCCAGGAGGAGGAGGAGGGAUAAUGGUGUAAGGAAAUAUAUACAUGCAAAUGUGGCACCAAAGGGUGUAUUAGCAAACAAAUGACAAAACUAUAGAGUAAUUUUACAAUACAAGAACAAUAGGAUGCUAUAUGAAUGUCCUGCCAAUGGAAUAAAUACCUGUACUAACUAAAAGUCCAACACCUAAUGGGAAUCUAACAACAGUAACAGAUACACAUACAUUCAUACAGGUGAAAGAUUAAUUUUUAUAUAUACGUACAUACAUACACAUGUAUGUAUGUAUGUAUGUUUGCUUCCAAUAAACAGAACAAUUAUAGUGAGGACACAAGGAUAGUAAAUUCUCAUUUGUUAGGAAGCAGCUGAUAAUUUGUCAGUCUCAAAUACCUUGUUAACAUUUGAGCAACCACAUACCAAUAGCUUUAUUGAAUAUUGAAAGACAGGCAGCUUACUAGUGCUUUUAAGGAAAGUUAUGAGAUGUCAAAAGUGGUUCAUAGGUGUGAUGAGUUAUGUAAAGAAAUACUGUAUAGCAACCAGCAUGACCUACAUGUGGCAGGGAUGAACUUAAGACUUAUACAAUGAAGGGGUACAUUGUUAAUGUUUCAAAAAAGAGUAGGUUGACCUUCAAGAGAAAUGAAACUAAGGAAGGAUACAGAAGGUACAUGACACAAAUGUACAUGAACAAGGCAAAGAGAAGAGGCACAGAGAUCCUAAGAUGAAGUCAAACUCAAGGUGUAAAAAGAUAAAUAUUUAGAUUUGUGAAGACUUGUGUGGACCACUCAGCUUGAUAUUGGAUUAUGGCACACUGCAUGCAGACAAAGCUUUUAUCACAAAUAUAAUAAAUGUAUUGUUAAAACUGCAAUACCCGAUGUCAGUGGCAUGUUUAAAACUAGUAACAAUAACUGAAAUGGAUGUUUGGCAUAUACUUUUGGGGUUUCCUACUCAGAUAUAAACAACAAUUUAAAAAAUACAACAAAAUAUUGUACAAUAACAGAGGAGAAUGUGGUUUAAUCCAUGAGGGGCUUCAUGUUCCAACAUAAAAAGGUUAAAGUUUUACACAUUUUUAUAAACUUCAGAAGUUAUUAAUUUACAACAAUAAAAUUUCAUUAUCUAGUCACAUACUUCAUGCAGGUUCUCGAGACAAUUCUUUUUGCUAUAUUCUGUAAUCAUUUGACACUAAUGUGUAGUAUAAUGUAGUAUGGUAUAUUAAUGUGUAUAAUGCAGUAUAUUGUAGUAUACUAAUGUGUAGUAUAAUAUUGUAGUAUGCUAUAAUAUUAAUGUACUGUAAUUAUUUGAUAUUGAUUACUGGAAUAUACAGUACCAUAAUAAUUAUUGCAUUUUGGUCACAAUUUAUUUUAUUGUGGCUGCUCCUUUAAUCGAUUUAUGGCUCUUUUUAAAAAGUUCAAAAAGCAAGCCCAAUGACCUUUGAAUAAUUACAAGAUAUCUUAUAAAUAAAUUUUUGGCGUUUCUUUAACUAACACAUUUUUGUUGGUUUACACCAGAAAAAAUAGUUUGGUUCCCAUAGUUAGAAA